AUGGUUAAUAGUACUUCCUUCUCGCUUUCUCUGGUGGUUUUCUUCGGCAUAUUUUAUAGCGCUGUUUUCAUCAUGUCAGUCGUUGGUAAUACAUGGGUUCUAACAACCUGCUAUGUCACCCUGCGGAGAACACAUUCUCCUGUGAUGUGGUUCUUGGCAAAUCUAGCUUCUGCCGAUCUCUUGUUUACUUUUCUCACCAUUUUAAAUGCUAUAGGCUUUUAUUGGCGUUGGAUAGGCGGUGACGUUACCUGUAAACUUCAUGGCUUUCUCGUCGAAGCAACUUACACCGUUUCAAUUACAACGCUUCUGGUGGUAAGCUAUCAGAGAUUGAAGGCUUUUGUUGAUCCUUUUAAUGCACUAAUUAAUAGCUGGCCACGAAAAGAAUUUCUAAAAACUGUCGCAAUCUGGGUCCUUUCCUUGGCGGUCUGUUCACCUUUGGUUCACAUUUAUCGCGUGGAAACACAAGAAAACGGUGAAUUGCUUUGUACUAAUACCACAUGGGGAAGAAUUGGCCGACAAAUAUUCUAUGGUGUGCAUGCAAUUCUGUACUUCAUCAUUCCUUUGUCGUAUAUGAUUUUUUCUCAAACUCAGAUUUUUCGCGCUCUUCGUUCAAGAUCUGGGGUAAUUAACAAUAAUUUUAUUGAGAGGUCUAAUCGACGACACAGGAAAGUUGCCAAAACACUGGCAGCAUUAACCGCAGCGUUUGCUAUCUGCCAGUUCCCUUUUAUGGUCACACGAACGCUUAUUACUUCGGCGGAGCGCGAAGUAAAGGUUUCGCGACGCUCAGGAAUGUAUCAAAGUUACAAUUUUUUGACAAGAUUGGGCAUGCAAAGUCUGUAGGUUUUCGGUUUUAUUCGGCUAUUUGACGAAGUGAGAGCCGAAUUAAUUCGAGAUAUCUCGAGAUCACUUCGAUUUCUUUAAUUUAUUCUUUAACUUUUUCGAGGAAGAAAGAAUUAUUAUUUUGGCUUUCCCGGGGUUUGAACCGACUCACCUGUGUGACCCGUCAGAUCAGAGGAGACUCUAAGUUGAGGGAUUAGCCGAUUGCGCUACUGCGACCCAAGGUAGUUUGGAAUAUGAAAAAUAGUUAUGAAAUGAUGCACUAGUUUCGGGACAAGAUUGGGCGUGCAAGUUCGUGACUUUUCGGCUUGUUUCAACUAUUUCACGAAAUGAGACCGGACUACUUCGUGAUAUCUUGAGAUCACUUCGAGUUUAGUCUUUAAUUACUCGAGGAAUAAAUAGAGGAUAUUACGUGGCCGCGCAGAGACACGAAAUUUCUCUUCGAGUGUUCAAAAACAUUUCACGAGUGAGCCCUCCUUUCGAACUGUUUUAUGAUGAAUUUAAAGUUACAAAAUGCUGCAAAAAGACAUUUUGUCUUUGUUGAGUGUUACGUAGUCAAAUUGCUUUCAUGCGUUGCGUGACUUUCUCGAACGUUCUCUACGUUUUUGGAUUAGCCAUGAAUAAUUAAUUAGGGCAUGUUUACAUUUCUCCAUGAGUCAGCAGAUUUGCAUCAGUUACUGAAAUCUUAAAAUAUGUCGAAAAGCUACUACUACUUUAGUAUUCUCUAGAACCUUAUGUCAAACGGUAUGCAAGUUCCAAGCGAGUUCUUUUGAAGAACUAAGUGUUUUUCCCACGAGCUGGGCUGCUGUGUUUAGUAAAGUGUGACGAAGGUCGAUUUUCAGGUAUUGUGUUUACAAGUUCGCGGAAGCCGUAAGAUAUCUGAAGUUCAAGUGAGAGUUUGUUAAUAUUGGUAGAGGCUGUUUAGUUUUAUUCAAAGUUCAAGUCAAGUUUGUGUUGGUGGAUGCUGUGUUUUAAAGCUCUGUAAAGGCUAUGUUCCUUUGGUGCUAAACUUCCUUGUGUUAAUCCGACAUCCCUGCAUGCUGAUAGUCAGUGAAUAAUUAUCCUCAAAACAUUCGAACCCGUGAGUUUGAGUUUUAGCCAAUUCCAUGCUCAACGUAAUUGACUGCUUACCCAUGCCUUACAUAUCUUUAAUCAGUACAUGAGACUGCUAUGCUGUCUUUGAAGCCUGAUGUGACUAAGAAAAAUAGAGAAUUGUUUUUUUAGAAGGAUUUGUAUGGAGUCAUCAGAGCACAACUGGGCUAAUAUCUCGGAGACAAUUUGUCCCCAGCUAGUUUUUGGCAAGUAGGCCUCUUGGAUGUUGCUCUUUUCAGAAUAUCCUGACAAAUCCCAUAAUUUCACAAAUUAACACCUUACUCUAACCAUAUUUGAUUUCUUACUAUUCCUCCGCAUUUACAAUUAAUUGGUUCCACAACCACGACGCCGAAGUGUACGCUUCGUAGCGUCUUGUCUACUUUCACUUAGCUCCAUAUGGUUUUAUUUGGAGAGGAUCUCAACUCUUGAUCUGCCUAAACGUGUCAUUGGAUCCCUUGUUAUACGGGUACUUUGGCGGAAACCUUAAAAGUGUAUUACAAACAGGACUCCUGGGGUGUAAUUGCUUACAACGGCGACGCCCUAAUGUGACGCCUUUGACUGUAUUCCAACAAAGACCUUGA